GGACUGGUCAGUCUUCCGUGUGUACGAGUGAAGGGUAGUGUUUGUGUGUCUCUCUCUCUGUCUGUAUAAAGAUGAGCAACCAGCGACUGAGGAGUGGGCAUGAGGUGGUGCCCAUGAGCGAGGAGUGGCUCACUCGACUGGAGAAGGACCAGAAGAUGUACAAACAAGGGAUGAUCCGCCUUAUGCCCGACGGCUGGCUCUACCCCACAGCUUUCAUCAACUUCGCUGACAGAAUAUACAACUUUGAAUUCAGGUCCAGCGACGUGGUACUCAUGACGAUGCCCAAGUCUGGGACGACGUGGAUGCAGGAGAUCCUCUGGACGAUGUUACACAACCCCGACCUUGACCACCCACAGGCCGAUGAGCCCAUCUAUCACCGAGCGCCAGAAAUUAGUUUGGACAUGAUGUUUGACAGUAAAGGGAUGGAGGGAGCCAAGAUUGACAAUUUUGCACGAGCAUUCAUAGAAACUUGCCCGGGAAGGAAGCCCGAAGAUGGAAUGUCUCUACAGAUGUGUGAGUUAACAGCUGACCCUCGAGUUAUCAAGACCCAUCUCCCACUCUCUGUCCUGGCACCUGACCUCCUCGACAAAGCUAAGGUGGUGUACGUGGCGAGGAACCCCAAGGAUGUGGUGGUGUCCUACUACUACUACUACUGUAUGAUGAAGGCCUUCACUUACACUGGCUCCUUCACCAACUUUGUAAAGUAUUUUAUGAAUGAUGAGGUAGUGUUUGGACCCUAUUGGCCCCACCUGAGACUGGCCUGGGAGAAGAAGGAUCAUCCUAACAUGUUUUUUGUCUUCUAUGAGGACAUGAAGGAGGACAUCAUGGCAGUACUUCAUAAACUCAACAAAUUCCUCGGUACAAAUCUCACCCAACAGCAGCUUGACAAUGUUAGUCGCCACACUUCCUUCUCUGCAAUGAAGAGUCGAGGAGAGCCUUUAAUAGACGGUGACGUGUUUAAUGCUGACGUUCGGGAGAAAGUUGGAGGGUACUUCAGGAAAGGAAUCAUAGGUGACUGGAAGAACCACUUCACGCCAGAGUUAGAGCAAGAGAUGAAUCAAUGGGUGGAGAGUCACGUUCCUGACAUUGGUAUCACCUUCAAGUGAGGCCGCUGCUACCUGUAUGCACAGCACCCUCCACGUUCACCUCAGCUAUACAUGCUAUAUGGUCUUUUAAUUUUGUAAUGUUAUUUUUUAGCUUGAGAAAAUUUUUUUAUCCUCGGUUUGUCCAAGGAUAAAUAAAUGUAAAACGAAAUCAAAGGUCGAUACUCGAACAGUUAACUGGAAAAUAUUUGUAAAGUAAAGCAGAUCACUAAUAAUAUAUUGAACACUGUUAAGCUUGUAAUGUUCACAUGAUGUUUCUAUUGUUCUUCAUCUCAGCGUGAAAUAGUGUUCGGGAUUAUUUAACUGUAAGAUGAAUAUUAUAUCAUGGAUAAGCACGUUAUAUAAUAUCAUCUAAAAUCUAUAUACAUUGUGAAUCUAUAUCUUAUGUAUUACAAGUUAAAGUGAAGCAAAUUGCCUUACGUCUGUAUUAAAAGAUACAAACACAGAAUGUAUAAUGAAAUGCAUAAUUUUUAUUAUAUACUGUACUUGAUACAAAAAUAAAUGGAAAACAAAGUAUUA